UCAACGUACAUUUAGCAUUUCAAGAGAUAAAGGGGUAAAAAUUGUGAAUUUGCCAUAAAUUCUUAAGUUAUUUUACUGAAAACAUGUUAAACUUUGAUAAAUCUAUAAUUGUCAAACCUUUGCUUCACAUUUUUUCUUCCUUUCUUUCAGGCUAAACGUUUUUUAGUUUUUAGUAGACUGAGAUAUCAGCCCUGUUAGGAACAACAAAGACGGUGUGUGGGGAACAAACAGCAAGUUCUAACAUGCUUAAUUAUUUUUAUUUCAUCAUAUAAAGUAUUCUAAUACAAAUACUUUUUUUCUUUAAAAUACAAAAAUAUAUUAAUGAAUCACAGAAUUGCGUGUAUUGGACCAAAGCUGUUUUUUAUUGAAACUCACUGAAUGCCAACAUUUUUUAGACCCAACAUUUAUUUUCAUUUUAGCUACUUACUUAAUGAAUAUAAACAGAUAUGCCCUUAAAGCAAAGAAUUGACAGAACUAGAAAAUUUUAUUAUAUUUUAAUUAUUCCAUUUAGGGGCUUUUUAGGCAUUAAUUUAUAAAAUAAACGACUUUCAAAUGCGUAUAUGAAAAUUGUAAUAACUUCCAAAUUGCUACAACAUUGUGCUGAUAUUCUUUUCUUCAACACUAGAGGGCAGUGAAUAUUCAUCUUUUUUAAAUAAUCAUCUUCAAGCGGGUUAACUUGUGAAUUUUAUGCUAAAUAGUCUCCUAAUGAAUGUAAAGGUUAAAAGUUUUAUGUAAAAAAAAAUUAAGAAGCCACGUGUGGAGUAUUUAAUCUGACACCAGAUAACAAAGAAAGCUUAUUUUUAAUAAAAUAUUUGUGUGCAUAUUUCUUUCACACAGUGGCCUCUGUUGGUGCACAAAUGGUGGGAGUGUCGUGUGAAAGUGUUUGUGUCCCUGUUUUGGGCCAGCCCACACCCUCCCUUUCUACCUCAUCCCAUCCGCUCCCUGAGCGCUCCUAUAAAAAUCCCAGGAAUCCCAACUUGAGAACAAACAGUGCAGUGAGUCCAAAACUGAUCCAUCCAAGAUGACAGGGAUUACUCUGGUUCUUUUGUUUCUGGCAUUUCCUCUUUAUGACACAGAGGAACAAGUUGUCAAUGAGCUGUACACCCUUAUAGACAAGGGUCCACAGGAUCCUGCACCAAGCAACCAAACCAGGCUGAUGGUCAAAGAGCCCACCCUGCCCAUCAAUGAGCUCUUGGAGAAAAACAGCAAGUCUAGUGAGUCCAAGCUAAAUUUCCAUCCAAUGCCAUCCGCUGUGUGGCCAAAGCACAGCAACCUGGCCCCGGUCCCCCGUCAUCCCAGCCCCAACAACAAGAGCAAAAAGGGGCACAAGAGUGACCGUUUAACAGAGCACAACAGUGAGAAAAACAGGGGGGAAGUUGCUGGUUUGCUUCCCAAAACCCAGCUGACAGGAGCCACAAGUGCUGGCUCCAAUCGCACGACACAGAAAAUCAGUCAGGACACCCAGACCCACAUCAGCCCCCCUCAGCAGGGUGAGCCGGAGGGACAGCCCAACUCCAAACCCAAGACCCCAGCUCAGACACAAACACCCAUCCAGCCGCAUCAAACAGCUUCUUCACCUCGCAGAGACUCCCCCAACCGACGGCAGGACCCAGAGGAGAACCGGCCUGGGAGGUCCGGUCUCUACCAGUCUGGAAUCAGCUCCGCGGCCUGGAACAACAGCCGCCCGCCGGUGUUUUUCACCCGGCGGGCGCCCGGGUCCUCCAGCCUGCUCUACCAGUUUGACGUCCUGAGGCGAGAGUCUGAUUACACACACGACGCCUUCUGCAUGAGCGAGUGCAGGAAGGAGAAGGAUGAGAGGGAAUAUUACUGCUACAGCGAGUUUGCUGUCAAUGGGAUUGUCCACGACAUCGACAUUUUGAGGAAAGGAGUCAGACUGAUCACGUUGAUGGUGAGCGCUGACGGCUUCUACAAGAUGAGUCGUCUCUACGUGACCCCAGACAGCUUCUUCUUCAAGGUUCGCCUCCUGGUCUUGGACACCUUCAAGUGCAGUAAGCCCUGCCCUGAUAUCAAGCUUGGGGCCAGAUACAUUGUAAUGGGUCAGAUCUACCACCGGAGGCGCCACCUUCCCAGCGACCUCCUGACCCUGCUGGCUGGCAAACUAAAGCCCGGGGAUGGCCUCCUGCGCAGCAGCAACUACAUCAAAAGGUUCAACAAACGGAGACACCAGAAAGCUCUGGAGGCCGUCCGCUCCAGGUGUAGGUGAACCACCAUGAGAAUAUCGCCCCCUGCUGCAGGGGAAGAGACUUCGCAGCCGAUCUUACCCAACCCUAUGGCACUGUGCAAGAGGGGAGGAUGUGCAGCGGACGUGGAUGUGCUCUCAUAUGGACCGCUACCAUGUAUCAUCAUGUCGGCUUUAUCUAUGAAGUUCCCAAAGAACUGAACUGAACUGGGGCCUCUUUGAUGCAAGCGGGACGCAGCGAAGUACUUUCUGAGGUGUAUGCAGACACAUUAUACCCACUAGGGGGUUUUCAAUGCACAAACAGCUGUCAAAUACAGAAAAUACCGACUAGAAAUAAUUAUUCUGCCAUUGUUUUUGGCGCCCAAUCUAGCCUGGCGCCCGCAUUUUAAUACACACCCACUUUCUUUCGCCAAUGGAUACAAGCAACUUUGACUAACUGGACUCCUCCUCGUGCUGGUUUGGGACUCCUCUCUCACGCUGUCUCCUGAGCUCAACUCGAAUUAAACUCUUCACACGUUCAUGGCUGGUACAUGAAGUACCAGAGCUGAAUAGGUAUCACUUUUCUGAAGAGACACGGAGCUGCUCCGAAGCGUGGGACAAAUUUCUUGUUUGUUGAAUCUGCUUCUAAAUUUGGCAUUGGGAAAAGAUUCCGUCUGUUUUCCACAAUAAUUAACACAGCAUGGGAUGUUGGGACGGUUUACAGUUUAAUAAUGCUUCAAUUUCCUAGACAUUAAAUCCAGAUAGCAAGGUUUAAAAAUUGUUGCAGAUUUUCGGAAUAUCAUUUUUUCCCCCUGUCGUUAUUACUCUUUUCAUAAUAGUUGCCAUGACUUCAAAGAAUUGUACUGAAACUUUAAAAAACGGGUCAGUAGAUUGUUGGAUGGGAUGAAGCUAAGGUCCGGACAAAUAAGAGACAACAAAUCAUAGCGGAGAGUGAAGAGGAGUAUUCAGAUGGCGGGAAAUGAGGAACGUCAGCUGGCUCUGAGAGAGGUUCUGCUUUCUUUAACUUUAAUUAUGUGUCCACGAUGAUAAGUAGGCCCAACAUCAAAAAGGUGGUGGUGGUGGGGUCCAAACACAGCGACGAGGAGGAGUCGUGGGUUUCCCUGGGACCGGGCCAUGAAUCUAAUCGCAGGAAUCCGAUCCUCCACACACCUGGGCGCUCAAAGAAGCGCCUUCAUCGCGGCUUAUUUUCCGAGAUGCUGAAUCUGCUCGAGAGGCCGAUGCUCAGAGAACGGACAUUUGAGAAAUGUAGAGGGAGCGGCACGGUGAGAGCGCGUGGACAAGCGACGUAAAAUAUAUAACCUAGAGAGCCCAAGCAGCGUCGUGUUUGUCGAAUUGUCUUGUGAAGAAAUUUCACUUAAACUCUUGCUCUGUCUUUCUAAACUUAGCCUGAAUGAAAACAAUGUGAUUUCUAAGUGAGAAAUACACGUUAUUAAACAUGGCGACGGCGCCGGAGGAAAGCGCGCGACUCAUACAGAGGCCUUGGUCUUCGACGUGGCCGUCACGGGUUCGAGUCCCGGCCCUCACCCACAGUCCGCCUUCCUGUCUGACUGCUGUCAAAUAAAGGUCACUAGAACUGGAAAGAAAAAAAAACUUUUAAAUAUAUAUUAGUAUUCGCAUGAUUACGUUCAACUUUGUUUUUCCUAGAAGAAUCGCCGUCCCUCAGAACAGAGGGCAGAAAUUAAAGUUUAACAGCCAUUUCUGCUGCGCGUAUAACCUCUCCUCCUCUUGCUCCUCGCCCCCCGCACUCCGCAUGUCCGUCAUCUCUGGUCAGUUCCCAGGCUCCACGCAGCCUCUAUCAGCGAUCAGUGCUGGAGGGAACAGGCGCAUGUGGUGGGCAGGAAACGGGAGCUUGAUCCACACUGUGGCCACUAUCGCAGCGGGAGGACAUUCCUCAUCACGGAGCAUGUGAAGGAGGGGUGUGGGGCGGGUAGGUGGGAAUAUCUGGUAGAUGCUUCCUGUGUGAAGACUGCGCAAAAAAAAAAAAAAAAAAAAAAAAGAAAAAAAAAAAAAAAAAAAAACUGUGGGCUUGUGGUCAUCUGUGGCGCUCCCGGCGUCCAUGAGAGCCUCUGGAUCCAUUUAGUGGUUUGAGUGAAGGAGAUAAAGAGGUGGAGGUCAGGGAGAGGAGAGGGAGCGAUGGGAGUCGGUGAUGGCUGGAUGUGUCAUUUAGGAUAACUUGAUCACAGUAAUGGUUGUAAACAGGUCGUGACCUCAUCAUCCCCGGGGGCCCACUUCUCCAUUUGGCACCAAGGAUGAGUUAAGAAGAGGUUGAGUCAGACACACACACACACACACACACACACACACACACACACACACACACACACAGGCCUUGGACCUUCGACAAAAGUACUCACACCGCUUGAAUCUUUCUCCCAUUUUGUCAUGUUACAACUUUAUUUGACUUUAUUGAGCUUUUUGCUGUUUUUAUUCAGGAUUUUAUACCAGUAUAGAAUUGUGAAGUUGCGGGAAUAUGAUGACAUGGUUUUUGCAAACUUUUUACAAAUAAAAGUCUGAAAAGAUCUUUCA